AUGGAUUUCAAAUCUACAGGCUACCUCGUCGAUAUCUCAUUGGAGCUGUCUUCAACAGGAUCGAUAUUUGCCCUUAUUCACUGUCUUUCUCAGUGUCUCACAUUCCAAUCGUAUUCGUGUAUUCACUAUUCUAUGCUGCCUAGCAAUCGAGGCGAUAUGAAGAGAUCUGCUAGUCCACCAUCGGAAAGUUCAGCGUCAGCUCCUAUCAAACAAGUGAAAUCGUCGGCUAAGGAUUCGCCUUCAACUAGUAAGCCUGUUUCUACCAUGGACAAUUCUUCUUUGCUGGAUGCACUGAAUGAGUUACAGAACACUGCUUUCUUCGCUCCGUCCUAUAACCGCAAUUAUCGUCCACUUGCCUGUGCUCGUCUUUUCGAUCCGAAAAUCACCCCAAAACGUCCCUUGCGCGAUCGAACUCCACUGGAACUCAUCUCCGACCUGGCUAAAGGGAAUUUUGCCGCUUAUGAUGUGCGUCAAGAUAGCGAUGAUGCUUCUGAAGAUCGAAGUCUUCCACCAUCUGAGCGUCUUUCAUUGCAGAUCGCGCAGUCUCUCACGCUUGCCGAAAACUUCGACCACACUUUCAACGUCGAGCAGCUCUCUACUAGGGAUUUCGUGAUGAUAGACGCCUUCAUGCGCCAUGCGGUCUACAGCGCAUUUCGAGAAUGGAUUGUUGAAGAGUCGUGCUAUCCAACGCCAGCUGACCUCGCCUAUCCGCCUGCUUAUAAAGCCCUACACACGGCGACCGAGAAAGCGAGCACGUUCACACGCGAUCUCGCCAAUAAUCCUGACUACUGGAAAUCGGAGGAGAAGUUGGCUGAGCUGAAUGAAGAACUCCUUACGCUUCUGUACAAUAUUCAAACUCACAGGAACACCUUGACCGAUAUUCUGAUGUCAUUUGUCUUCAACCCGAUCGAGGAGCAAAGGGAAGUCGUAGACCUUCUGAACUAUUACAAUAUUAAGGUGGGAUGUCUUAAAUUUGUGUGCACUGCAGCCACAGGAGAAAUGGCGACUGGAUUCCUCACUCUCAAGAAGAUCAACUCCGCUAUCGCACGACUCCACAAUAUCACCCUAGAGUCUUCACUGCCUGCGGAAACGGUCGACAUUCCAACCAGCGAAGAGCUUCAAGUGCUCACAAGGGAUCCUACGAAGCCCACCACGCAGCCCACUGUUGAGCCCAUGUCUCCGUCUUCCACUCCCAAACCGUCCCAGUCCUCCACGAGCAAACCCACUUCUGUCUCAACCACUACGUCCACUACGCUGCAGAUUCGUUCGUCUACCUCUGUCACGACGACCGGAAAGUCCACGUCACCUCAGCAACAGAAGGUAAUUGUCUCGGUCAGUCCCCAUCAUUCGCCGUCCAGUUCAGCCCGUUCGAAAUCUCCAAGCUCAAGUUCAAGGAGGUCCGUCCGUACUGUUCGCAGAGUCGCGACUCGUCGUUCACCUUCUCAGGAUCGCAGCUCCAGAGGACCAUCCCGCAUCUUUCGCAGAAGUGAGGAUCGUCGUUCACCUUCGAGGCAGUCCGAUACGCGUCAGAGACGUAGGUCACCGGCUCCUCGCUCUCCUCCUCGCAGACAAUCGCCACAGGGAGAGCGGAGCUAUCGAUCCGUCAAUCCUCCAGAGGACCAUCCCGCAUCUUUCGCAGAAGUGAGGAUCGUCGUUCACCUUCGAGGCAGUCCGAUACGCGUCAGAGACGUAGGUCACCGGCUCCUCGCUCUCCUCCUCGCAGACAAUCGCCACAGGGAGAGCGGAGCUAUCGAUCCGUCAAUCGUAUGUUUCUUCUGUGAGGCUAAUCAUUAUACUGCAAACUGCACUACCAUUAAGAGUCUCACGGAUCGAGCUACAAAAUUAGUUUCUGUUGGGAGAUGCCUUUACUGUCUUUACGUCCACGCGCCAGGCUACUGCAGACGCGAUACGCCUUGCCGUGUUUGCGAUUCGGAUGAACAUCACCCAGCACUCUGUCCUUACAGUUACUUUCUCGUUCGCGAUAUUGGACCGGACGUGAAGACAUUCUUCAAAGCUAUGUAUGUCCUCUACGAAAACUACUACAUUCGUCAUCCAAAGUCAUAA